AUGGGAAAGCAAGCCAUGGGAAUUUAUGUCACCAAUUACCGCUUAAGGAUGAAUGCAAUUGUUGCUAUCGCUUAUUAUUCUGGAUAUAAUCAAGAAGAUUCAGUUAUUAUGAAUCAAUCUUCCAUAGAUCGUGGAUUCUUCCAAUCACUAUUUUUCCGCUCUUACAGAGAUGAGGAAAAGAAGAUGGGUACACUUGUCAAAGAGGAAUUUGGUCGUCCAAAAAGGGAAAAUACUAUGGGAAUGCGCCAUGGGUCAUAUGAUAAACUAGAUGAUGAUGGCCUUUCACCACCUGGAACAAGGGUCUCAGCGGAAGAUGUCGUUAUUGGGAAGACAUCUCCUAUUCCACAUGAUGACGCUCAAGGGCAAGCUUCUAGAUACUCGAAGCGUGACCAUAGUACUUCUCUGUGUCAUAGUGAAAGUGGCAUGAUAGAUCAGGUUCUGUUAACAACAAAUGCAGAUGGUCUAAGAUUUGUCAAGGUUAGGAUGCGAUCUGUUCGCAUACCACAAAUUGCAGAUAAGUUUAGCAAUAGGCAUGGGCAAAAAGGAAAUGUUGGGAUGACUUACACUCAAGAGGAUAUGCCAUGGACAAUCAAAGCUGAUUGA